AUGCAGCGGAAGGGGCGCAGCGGCGGCGGCCAAGAGCAAGGCGCGGAUUCCGGAGCCGAGACGGGCGGGUCAGAAUACAGCUGUGUGUCAUCUUCUAGCAGUGAAUUGUCUGUGGAGGAUGUACAUGAUCCUUUUCUCGUCAGCGUACACAUAAUUGCAGACCCAGGAGAAUCUGGUGCUCUCCAGCAAGCUAUUGAUAACCUGCUGGCAUGGAUCCAUCCAGAUCUGCAGCUCUUCCGGGUUUCGGAAAGGCGGGUACCAAGGAAGCCUAGGAAGCGUAACAAGGCUGUAGCAUCUCAGCCAGCCCUUGUUGUCAUUCUCUUUCUGCAAGAAGACUGUGACGAAGCGCCAAUCCUGCAGCUCCACGAGUCCUUUCAGAGGCCGCCCUGGUGUUACCACCACACCGAGCAAGUGCAGGGCAAUUUCCUCCCUUACAUGCCAGGCAGCCAGGACUUCUUCACCUUGGCGCAGGGUACUCCAUUGUGGGCCAUCCGGCCAGUGCAUUAUGGGAAGGAAAUAAUACGCUUCACCAUCUACUGCAGGAACGAGAACUUUGCUAACACUUUGAAGAUCUACGAGUUAAUUCUGAGAAGGCGAGUUUGUCAGGCGAAGGCAGACUUCUGUGUGUUUCCUGUCUAUUCCAAUGUGGACAUUGAUAUUCAGUUCUCUUUGAAGAGGCUCCCAAGAGGCCAAGCCCCAAGCCCCACCGAGUCGGCUGUGCUGGAGUUCCGAGUGAAAGAUGUCGGGCAGCUGGUACCGCACUUGCCCAAUCCCUGCAGCCCGAUCAGCGAAGGCAGAUGGCAAACUGAAGACCCUGACGGGAAUAAGAUCCUUUUGCAGCAGGCCCGGUAUAAGAAGAGUGCUAAGCAGACCAAGUUGUGCUGGUCGUCGCCAUCAAGGAGCUUUCCUGGUGCACAACUGCCAAGUUUUGUUCCCGACAGCAACAAGUUAACACUUAACAAAGACAGUGAUCCACUGAAGCCAGUUGAUUCAAUUGUAUAUCACCACACCAACCCGUGCCUGGGUGUUUCACACCAGGACCUGAGAACCUAUAACCGAAAACGCUUUCCCAGAAGAUCCAGCAGUGCCUCUACCAAUUCAGGUUCAUUUCAGCGAAGCAAGUCCCUUGCUUGUUUGCCCACAACAAGCUCUUCCCUAGUCCUUGAAUCUUUUCAUUUUAGUGAGCCAAAUUCAUUAAGCACUUUCUCUUCUGGGCACCGGACCAGAAUCAGAGUGAACAUUGAUGACUUGGAGGGAGUUCAGGAGACUGAUGUAGACACAGGGAUGAAACUUGCUUACUCUGAUCUAUCUGUAGUCUCUGCUUAUUCCGUUCCUGACGGUUUCAGUAAUGGGAUGGAAGCAAGGAGAAAGUGGCCAACACAAGAGCACAGCAUCAAUAGAUUCAAGCAGGCUGUCUCUAGGGGAAGAUCGUCUUCAGCCAAGUGCAACCCCUUUGAGUUUUCUUCCAGCUCCCUUCCUUUUCCUUUUGAUUGGUCUUCCAGCUCUUCUACAUCCCCUUCAGCUUCUCCUUCAGCAGCCCACUUUGAGAUCAAGUGUUUGCCAAGAGGAACAGUUUUUUCUUUCGAUGACAGCAGAACAACUGGUGGGGGGAAAACUAAUCAAGAAUUCUACAUCUGAACUUCCACUGUGUAUGAGAGAGAGGGAGAUGAAGAGGGAGAGAGCAGGGUUGGAGGGGGGAUUUGUUAUAUGGCUUUGGUAUUCAGCCAAUAGCUAUCCAAGGUCUGAGACUGUGUGCCACCCU